GCCCGCACUUCCGGUAUGGGAGCCGGGGGGACGCGUUUCGGCAGCGCGCACUUCCGGCAUAGGAGCCGGUCGGACGACUUGUGGCACGGCCCACUUCCGGUGCGCGCGAGUUGGGCCGCGGGGAUGGGCUCGCGCGUGGAGCUGGGGUUCGCGGAGGAGGCGGCCCCGUGGCGCCUGCGCAGCGCCCAGUUCCCCAGCAAGGUGGGGGGGCGGCCGGCGUGGCUGGGCGAGUCCGGGCUGCCGGGCCCUGCCGAGCUGCGCUGCGGGCGGUGCGGGCGGCCCUGCGCCUUCCUGCUGCAGCUCUACGCGCCGCUCCCCGGCCGCCCCGACGCCUUCCACCGCGGCCUCUUCGUGUUCUGCUGCCGCGGGCCCGCCUGCUACCCGCCCGGGGCCCAGGGCCCGCUGCGAGUUUUUAGGAACCAGCUUCCCAGGAGGAAUGACGCCUAUUCCUAUGAUCCGCCCCCUGAAACGCCCCCUCCGGAAGAUCAUCCCCCUGUGAACCUGCAGCUUCAAUGUGGAGCUCAUCUAUGCAGAGUCUGUGGCUGUUUAGGGCCAAAGACAUGUUCCAAAUGUCACAGGGCCCAUUACUGUAGUAAAGAUCAUCAGACUGUCGAUUGGAAAUUGGGACACAAACUAUCUUGUAUGCAGUCAGCUCAAUUGGACACUGCAAUUCCAGAUCACAAGUUCCUUUUUCCAGAGUAUGAAAUUGUAAUAGAACCUGAGGAAAUGGAAACGACUGGUGACAGUCAAACAGAUGCAGAUACACAAAAGGACUUGGAGAAACAUGAAGAAUUGGAGGCUGCAGGCAGCUCAAGUGAAGGUUUUGAGUCACUAGAUGAGGAGGUAUUGGAGGCAAUGGCAAAACAUGAGACUCGAGAAGACAAGAUUUUCCAAAAGUUUAAAAAUCGAAUAGCUGCGGAGCCAGAACAGAUUCUCAGGUACUGUCGAGGAGGAGAAGGCCCCAUAUGGAUCUCAGGUGAAAACAUUCCUCAGAUGAAAGAUAUCCCAAAUUGUUCAUGUGGUGCCCAAAGGAUGUUCGAAUUCCAAGUUAUGCCUCAGCUCCUGAACCACCUGAAGGCUGAUAGCCUAGGAGAAAGUAUUGACUGGGGAACACUGGUAGUCUACACGUGUGCUGAAAACUGUAACCAAGCAAAUGGAUAUAUGGAGGAGUUCAUCUGGAAGCAGGACAUUCCCACAGACUCAACUUAACUACUACAAAAAUAUUGUUAGUUUCUGUAAAGAAAUGAAUUGAGUUUAUACACAUGUACUGAAGUGUUACAUAUUGCAAGAAGGAAAAAAAAGGUUGAGGAACUAGCCCAGAGUUGUAUCAGUUAUCAUUUAAUUACAAUAUACACAUUAAAGGUAAGUCAUUAAAACA